UGGUCCUUCCUUUACCUACUUUGGAGUUAAUGGUUGGCUUCAUUCGUCAUUUGCUUGCUUCUCAGGCAAUAUGUACGAACGGCACAAGAGACGGUACAGCCUAUGUGACAUUUCCAAGGUGGACCGGGCUGUCGAUGUUGUGUUGCUAAAGAUUAACCGUGAAAGCUGGUGUCCCGUUGAACCUUCCCCAGAGCCUUCACUGCUGGAACCCAAACAUGCUUGUAAUUCAGCAGAAAGCAGUAGUUUCCUAGAAGAUGAACUAAGUGGGGAUUGCACCUUGACACAAGAUCUCCUUACAAGGGAAUCUGGGAGCAAGACUGACUUCUUCCCCCUGCCAAGCGAUGGGAUAGAUGAAAUCGACUUUGGAAAGCACGAAGAGGAGCAAUCAGCUGGAGAUAGUACAAGUUCCGGUUCCUCAGCAGAUGAUACAAUAUCCCUGGAAAGGAACUCUUCUCUAGGGAGUGACAUUUCGCUCCCCCCAGCCGUGAACCUCCACAGGUCCCAGGACCAGUAUGGCCUGGACAGUGGUGGCUCCAAUGCUGCUGGCAGUGAGGGACUUGAUGGUGAAUUUGCAGUCUCCGGAGAGCUGGAAGAAGAGCUCGACAGCAUCACGGAAGUUCCUCCUCACUCUUCUGUCCUGAGGAACUCUUUGAGACCCUUGUCCCCUUUCCGCCGACACAGCUGGGGCCCAGGAAAGAACGCUAGCAGUGAAGCAGAGGUCAACCACAGGAGUUACAGCUUGGAAGGCCUUGCUGGAGAAGCUGACCAUAUUAAGAAGCCUUCCUCGAGUCUUGAGACAACAUCGCUGAACGCCAAAGGCCUCCAGCAAAGCCCCCAAGCCAGCGAUGAGCGAGGGUCAUUGGUCUCCCUGACUGAAGAGGAACUGGAAUCUGAACAAGGGGAAGUGAGAGGUUUUGACCCCCAGGGUUCCAAAAGAUCCCAGCCACGUGCCUUCAGCUUCUGUGCGCAUCCCGUAGCUUCCCCGCUGACCAAGUCCACAUCCUUAAUGGCCAUCACCCAAACUGGACCAGACAGCAGUCGACCUUUUGGUGGCAGCAGCAGCAACGUGGUCCCUCAAAGCAUCUCUGAGGAGAGCUGCAGCAUCCUGCCUCCCAGUCCCUCCAGGAAAGACUUGGAAGGCAAAAGUGGGACGAAAGUGAGUCGGACGUUCAGCUACCUGAAGAAUAAAAUGUCCAGCGGUAAGAAGAGCAAAGAAAAGGAGAAAGACAAGGAGAAAACCAAAGAGAGAGACUCCAAGGAGAAAGACAAGGACAAGAAAACCGUCAAUGGACAUGCCUUCAGCACAAUCCGAAUGGUGGGACCCAUUGUCUGUUACCACUGUUCAAAGACUUUUAACAAGGAUUCCUUUGUGUGUGCAAAUUGUGAUGUCAUCGUCCAUAAAAGCUGCAUGGAGACCGCCAUCGCUUGUGGCAAGGCCAAACCGAAGAAAGGUGGCCUUCAGACGCAUGAUACAUCCUCGUUACCUACAGUAAUUAUGCGAAAUAGAAGUUCCCAGCCAAAGGAGAGACCUCGAUCUGCAAUUCUGGCCCCGGAUGAGACCGCUGCUCCCCCCGCCUUCAACAGCAGAAGAUCCCAACAGAACAUGUCGCUUUCCAAAAGCGUCUCCAUUCAGAACAUCGCUGGGGUUGGAAAUGAUGAAAGCGUCCUACACACUUGGAAGUUUCUUUCUCAGUCUACAGACUCUUUAAAUAAGAUCAGCCGAGUGAAUGAAUCCAUGGAGUCGUUAACAGAUGAAGGUGCAGAUAUGAAUGAAGACCAGCUCAUGGGAGAUUUUGAAAUGGACUCAAAGCAGCUGGAAGCAGAGUCCUGGAGCCUGGUGGUAGACUCCAAGUUCACGCGGCAACAGAAGGAGGAUGUUGUGAAGCGGCAAGACGUCAUUUAUGAACUGAUGCAAACGGAGAUGCAUCAUGUCCGCACCUUGAAGAUCAUGAGCGACGUGUACAGCCGGGGGAUGGUGCAGGAACUCCAGUUUGAGCAGCAGAUGGUGGAGAAGAUCUUUCCCUGCCUCGAAGACCUGCUCGUCAUCCACAGCCAGUUCUUCCAGCGGAUUCUGGAGAGGAAGAAAGAGUCGCUCGCGGACAGAAGCGACAAGAACUUUGUCAUCAAGAGAAUCGGAGACAUCCUGGUGCAUCAGUUUUCAGGCGAGAGCGCCGAGCGAAUGAAGAAGACGUACGGCAAGUUCUGUGGGCACCAGAAUGAGGCCGUGAAUUACUUUAAGGACCUGUACUCAAAAGAGAAACGGUUUCAGGCAUUUAUGAAGAAAAAAAUGAGCAGCUCUGUAGUGAGGCGGCUGGGCAUUCCAGAAUGCAUCUUGCUUGUGACGCAGAGAAUCACCAAAUAUCCAGUUCUGCUGCAAAGAAUAUUGCAGUAUACCAAAGAAAACGACAAGGAACAGGAAGAUCUGGUGCAGUCACUGAACCUGGUGAAGGAAGUCAUCGUUGCGGUGAACAGCAAAGUUAGCAAGUAUGAGAAGAAGACGCGCCUGAAUGAAAUCUACACCCGGACGGACAGCAAGUCCAUCAUGAGGAUGAAGAGUGGGCAGAUGUUUGCCCGGGAGGAUUUGAGGCGGAGGAAAUUCAUCCGGGAUGGGCCAGUCUACCUGAAGAAUGCAGCUGGGAGACUGAAAGAGGUCCAGGCUGUUCUUCUUUCGGAUGUUCUGAUAUUCCUUCAGGAGAAGGACCAGAAAUAUGUAUUUGCAUCUCUGGAUCAGAAGUCCACUGUGGUCUCUCUAAAGAAGCUGAUUGUCCGAGAAGUGGCCCACGAGGAGAAGGGUUUAUUCCUGAUCAGCAUGUUGGUGAAAGACCCCGAGAUGGUGGAAGUUCAUGCCAGCUCCAAGGAGGAACGCAACAGCUGGAUCCAGAUCAUCCAGGACACCGUCAACACGAUGGACAAAGAUGAGGACGAAGGCAUCCCUAGUGAAUCCGAAGAGGAGAAGCGAGUCCUGGAUGUUAAAGCCAGGGAACUGAAAGAACAACUCGUGCAGAAAGAUCAGCAGAUCAUAACGUUGCUGGAGGAGAAAGAAAAGAUCUUCCGCUGCAUGACCGACUGCAGUGGGCAGGAGGAGGGCUCCGGGGCUAGGACGUUGUUCCGGGCCAGCACAGAAGAGGCCCCCAAGGGGGAAAGCAUUAUGAAGAAGGUGAUCAAUGAAGUUGAGCUGCUGCAAAGACUGGUGAGCAGGAGUUUGGGGAAUGCCCUCGGGCAGCAGAUGUCCCACCUCACCUCCGAAGAAGAGGGUGUUGGGCCCGUCUCGCUCCCCAGGAGGGCAGAGACUUUUGGAGGAUUCGACAGCCAUCAAAUGAACGUGUGCAAAGGUGGGGACAGGGAUGAAGGAGAUGACGGCCAAGACCUUCGACGGACGGAGUCAGACAGCGUUUUGAAGAAGGGAGGCACAGCCAAUCUGAUGCUUGUACUGAAAAGGAACAAUGAGCAGGUCCUCCAGAGCAUCACCCACCUGCACAGUUUACUUGGCAACUUGCAGGCAGUGGUGGUGCAGCAGGACACCUACAUUGAGGACCAGAAGCUGCUGCUGACAGAGCGGACCCUGAGCCGGGGCUCCUUCCGGCCCAACUCCCUGAUCGAGCAGGAGAAGCAGCGCAGCCUGGAGAAGCAGCGGCAGGAGCUGGCCAACCUGCAGAAGCAGCAGGCCCAGCACCAGGAGGAGAAGCGGAGGCAGGAGAGGAGAUGGGAGGCCCGUGAGAAGGAGCUGGCCGAGAGGGAGGCCCGGCUGGCCCAGCAGGAGGAGCAGCUCCAGAAAGCCCACCAGAGCCUGGAGAAGGAGCGCGAGGAGCUGCAGCAGAAGAAGGCCUCCUACCAGCUGGACUUGGAGCACCUCCGGGCGGCCCAGAAGCAGUUGGAGAAGGAGAAGGAGCAGCUCAGGAGAGACACGGAGCGAAUGGCCCAGAUGGAGCCUGGCCUCGGCCUGGUAAGUCUUCCCAACCAACAUGCCAAGGUGGGCAGGACCCCUUCGCUGGCCGUGCCUGAGGACUCCUCCAAACAGAAGAGCGCGUCCCUCCCCAGACAGAGCCACUUGGACACAGAGAUCUCCAUCUCCCCCAAAAGGAGCAGCGUCUCAAGGACACACAAAGAGAAGAGCACUUUCCACCUGCUGGGCACGGCAGCCUCCAACCAAACCAACAAGCCAGCCGAGGGCCAGGGCCAGAUGCCCAACCGGCUCUUUGGCUUGGCCAAGGCCAAGGACAAGAAGGAGAAGAAGAAGAAGGGCAAAGGAAACCGUUCCCAGCCCUCUGAUGCUCACUCACCAGAAGCAGCAGCACCGGAAGGUGAGGAGAUCUUCUGCUGACCGACGCCCACCCACCCCUCAUCCCUCCGGCUUGGAUGACUCUGUCUCUUCACCUGCCCUCUGGAGGGCAUGCCAGGAAGUGGGAGGGGCCAAGGCUUCCGCCUCUUUCCAGCCGAGGUAUCUGCCCAUUUCUGGAAUGUGGUGACUUUUUAAAAGAAGUGCCAAAAGGGCAUCAGAAGACCACAGUUGCUGGUGGACCUUUUGAAUGCGGCUGGAUCUGGCGGGCUCCGUUCUGGCCGCACUUCUUCGGUCGACCACACCCAUCCUGUCUGUGGCGUUUCACGCUGAGUUGCACUCCUGCCUCUCCUGUCGUCUCCAAAGACUGGGGACAGGUUCCCUGAGGCAGCCUUGCCUAAACUUCUCUUGGGAAAAAACACCACCAAAAACAGACAGACAAACCCAGCCUGUGCAGCCAAAUACUGGGGCUUUGGAAGCAGUGCUUGUGCACCGGCACCUGCACAUAUAGAUAUAGAUAAUACUGUGUAUAUAUAAAUAUAUAAAUAUGAAUAAUUGUUGCAGCAUAUCGUGGGCUUAUGCUUUGUACAGAAAAGGUGGGUGAGCUUAGCUCUUUCUCCAAAGUUCAGCUGAAACCUGAACUUUCCAGAGACUGUGUCGAUAUUAAAUAUCUCUCUUCAGUUCAGUUGGUUUGUGCUCCAUCAUUAGUACAUUUUGGGAGUAUCCUCAAGGCCAGGCGACAGCAGAGGAGGUGGGCUCCUUAACAGAAGGGGAGAGACCGGAAGGAUCCGUGGGUAGAUGGAGUGAUUUGUGUGGUAGGAGUCCUCCACAGGGGCAUUCUGGGGUUAAAGGAGGCAGCAGGUUUACCUGGUGACUGGCACAGUUCCAGGAAAGGCCAUAAGAAUCUUGUUCUUGAUGAGAGAAAAAAAACUGUGUGAGGGGAUUUGAAGCUAUGAAGGGCCCCAGUGCUGCCUGAGGCACCGAAGGACAACUUUUGGCAGUGGAAACAGGUAAGUGGCGGAAUGAUUUCAAGACAAGAGUGACAACAGGCAGAUAUUUAAAUGUCAGCACCUGUUUUAACAGAAACCUGAGGGAUAUCCUGACACAAGACCUCCUUUUCCCAUAAUGCAUGUCUUUCAACCAGAUAUUAGAGAGUGCUGUUUUCUUCCUAGAAAGCCAGUAGCCGACUUCAGCAGUCCCAAGAAAUGAUGGCUAUAGUUUUUUUGUUUCAACCCCCGUUCUGCUGUUCUGGACCCUCAAGCCCUUUUUUUUUGUAAGUAUAGGCAUUGCAAAGUCCAUUCGACUUUUCUGCAUGUCCUGGAGGUUGGUGCAGAAACAAUUUACCAGCUUUGGUUAAUUUAGGAUUAAAAUUCAGCAGUGAGGACGCCAAUGUUUGCAUUCAGUCUUGGUCUGAAAAACUCGUGUAAUUAAUAGGUGAUGAAGGAACAUUCUGUGUUCCUGUUGUGGUGUUUUAUGGCAUGUACAGAGGUACUUCUUGCAUAUUCCUGGACAGAAAUCUAUAUAUAAAAACUGUCCAACAGCAGAGAGGUGUUUUUUAAAAAAAAAAUUCUAAAGUGCUGUAUGUUAAUUUGUAAGUAUGUAAAAAGUUUAACUUGGUUAUUGACCGUAAAAUUUUAAGGAGUUUCCACCCCACUUGUAAUUUGCAAAACAAAACCCCAUCAGAUUUUUGUAAUUUGCUUUUAUUUAUCUGCCUUCCUAGUUAUCAUCAGAAGCAACCUCUUGUAAAGUCCACUUUUCCUUCCCUCUUAAAAAAAAUAAAUUUUGAUUUUAAGUCUA